AUGAAUGAACGUUACAAGCAGCUAUUCUACUCAAGCAUCAUCCUAUUUUCUUCAUAUUUCUCGUAUGACAUUCCAGCGGCCCUCAACAAAAACAUACAUCUGGGUGAUUCCAAGUUUACAUCGUACGAAAUCACGGUCCUGUACUCGGUGUACGCCUUUCCAAACAUAUUCGUUCCCCUUAUCUUUACGUUUGUGACCGAGUACUCGGAGAGCAGUUUGAACAUAUUUCUCUCGUUCCUGGUUCUUGUGGGGCAGUGCGUUUUUACCCUGGGAAUCUUCAAAGGACUGUUCUAUGUCGCUGUGCUCGGUAGGCUGCUCUUCGGAAUAGGAAACGAAACCCUUUUUGUGAUUCAGAGUAAGCUUAUAACAACAAGUUUUAAGGGACGUGAGCUUGCAUUCGCACUAGCCUUGUUCACAUCGCUUGGUAGGUUGGGCAUCGUAUUCAACUUUCUGAUAACACCAUACCUUGCCAAGAGGUACAACGCAACUGUUCCGUCUGUGAUCGGGCUCUUUCUAAUUCUUGUGGGCUUAGUGCUCAAUCUAAUGGCAAAGCGACGGCCAUUACAGAUUUAUCACGCUGAUUUGAACAUUGGUGAGCCAGUGCGCGUGCACAACACGGACAAAACGGUGGUGGUUGUGCCAGAUGUUGAACAUGCACCGGCCGUGCAUCUUCCAGAAUUUGUGGCGAGUGGGUGCUUUUUUGGGGAUGAAGCGAAUGUAUGGAACGAAGAGUGCCUGAUGGACUCUAAACCUAUGAAACUACCGUGCAGAACAGAGCCAUCCACGUUUUUUAAGAACAGCGGAAGUAGAAAUGCGGCGUAUCGUAAGAUUAAAGAUGGAUCAAAGGAACGGUCCUGUUUUGUGAGCGAUGAGAACUACGAAAAUUUGUGGAGUGGUGGGGAUGACCUUCUGAACGAGAAUGAGGGUAUGGUUUCGGCAGGCGCAAGUAGUGUUAUGACUGAGAAUGAUCACAAGGACGACCGCACGAUGAACGCAAGCCAUAACGGAUCUGUUAUCAACCAACCUAUCCAUGGAACCAUAAUCGAUGAACACCUUGAAAGAUCUAACAUUGGUCACAACCACACCACCUACAGCAACAACGAUGCACUUGUCAUAAACCAAACCGUUGAGAACAGGACGUGUGAUAUCACCGGCAUGACGGUUUCAGAAAAAGGAAAAAGAACCGUUUUUACUUCGCAGAAUGCGCUAAAAAAGCACCGCAUUUCGUUCGAUGAUAUCACCGAUUUGGACCACUCCCCCGUCAUCUCAACACCGCCGGGAAAAACUGCCGACAAGCAGAGCAUCAAUCCGUAUUUCAGCAUGCUUGUUCUGAUUGCAUUCUUAUCCGCAUCUGUUUGGGCACCUUUCUACAACUUAGGCCCUCUUCUGUUCCAAAAACGCUACGGCUAUACGAGAGAGGUAUCGGCAUCCAUGAUGGGUCUUUUAGAAAUAAUCCAAAUGUUCACCAUCGUCGUAAUCGGCUUACUGUCCGAUCUUACGGGCAUAAAACUGCUAUUUGUUGCAUUUGGUGCGCUCCUCCUUAUGUUUUCACAUGUCUGUAUUUACCUCAAUUACAACAUAAUUGCCAUUAUUUGCACCCUAGGCAUAGCAGGCCCGCUGCAUUCCUGUUAUUGGCCGUGCGUGAUCAACUUAGCAUCUCAGGAACAGCUGUCCCUAGCAUUUGCUAUAAUUUCCAGUUUUCUCAACCUUUCCUUUACAGUCAGUCCGUUGCUCGCAUCCUACCUGUUGCAAAUUGACAACACGUUCAGGCUCAUAGAGGGUGUUUCCAUUAUUUUUGCCAUACUUACAUUUAUAAUGGUGGUUAUGCUUAAUUUUAUAGAUUUCAAGAAGAAACUAGGAAUGAAUAGGAAGGUUAAAUGCUAACGUACACGAUUUUGGUUAUUUAUCCUAUCAUGGCGGUUUACCUAUGUAUGAGGGA